AUGGAGCCGGUGGGAGCUUUUCUUGACGAAGAAUGGGAUCUGCUGAUGAACAGAAUGUUCUCCACAGAAGAAUCUUCAUCAAAGUUUUGGCCCAUUGAUGAAGCUGAUAUGAAUCUGGGUGACAUUUGUGAGAGUAUAUUCAACACUACUGAUUCUUUCGGAACAAAUUUUCCCUGCUUUUCUCGGGAAAGUGACAACAGCAGUGGCAGCAAUGGUGGCAUUUUCCCACCUCCGUGGCAUCAUCAAAACCACUGCUUUAGUGAUUCUGACUACAUUCACGAUGGAAACAAUGAUCUUCAAUCCUUUGAUUCUUUUGCAAUGAACAAUGAACAUAAUUUGUUGGUCCCCAUUUUUCCUGGUAAUGUAAUGGAAGAAUUUCUCCAAGCCAAUGAAGAGAUAAGCAGCGACGUUAUUCAACCAGCAACCGUUGCUGAUCCUGGCAUAGAACUGCCGCCCAAGCGGAAGAUUAAUGAUGACUUAUCUGGGCUGCCUCCUAAGAAGAAACCCAGGGUUCCAAAAACUACGCAGAAAGGUAAGAAGAAUGAGAGGUCUGAAAAGAACAAGAAGAUCGCCGUGAAUGGCAAUGAGGAUCAUGAUCAGGAGAAUAUUAAUGGUGCAACAAAUGGGCAAAGCUCAAGCUGUUGCUGCUCAGACGAUGAGUCUAAUGCUUCUCAGGAGAUAAAAGGAGGGGCCGCUAAUUCGAAAUUGAAAGGCUCGGCGGAUGCUCUAAACUCUAAUGGGAAAACAAGAGCCAGUAGAGGGGCUGCAACUGAUCCCCAAAGCCUCUAUGCAAGGAAAAGAAGAGAAAGAAUCAAUGAGAGAUUGAAAAUUCUGCAGAACCUUGUCCCCAAUGGAACAAAGGUAGACAUCAGCACAAUGCUCGAAGAGGCAGUCCACUACGUGAAGUUUCUGCAGCUACAGAUUAAGCUAUUGAGUUCGGAUGAACUGUGGAUGUAUGCUCCAAUUGCCUACAAUGGAAUGGACAUUGGCCUCUGCCGCAAGCUUUUGCCAACUCUAUGA